AUGGUCGCUCAUAAAAGGUACGACCAGGACUACGCACUAUUAAUAAGAUUUUCAACUUAUGUCAAACAACGUCUAAGAGUUUCUCUUGCAGAACUCCUCUUCGUUGCUUCCUUCGCUUUAAAUUUUUUCUUAGGCAAGGUCCUUCACUUAUACUCCGAGCAAGCUGAGGUGUACAAUUACUACAACGACAAGGGAAACAUUUUCAACCAACUCUUUGUGAAAAAAGGUUGGGCAUGGACAACCAUCGCUGUUGUUUAUUUCUAUGGUAAUGUCUUGCUGAGACAACAUGUCAAGAAUGUUCAGAACACGUUGCUUUUGGCUUUUGUUAGAUACGCUGCUGCAACGUUCUGGUGGUACCUAUUCACCCAGUGGUGUUUUGGCUUGCCAAUUAUGGACAAGCUUUUCGUUUAUACCGGUGGCAAGUGUGUGGCAACAGAUGGCAAACAUUUGAGUCAUCUUUUCGAAGAGCUCGAUGGACUUUUUCACUCAAACAAGAUCUCGUCCUAUGCAUGCCGAAAAAUCAAGGGCUCUUGGGAGGGAGGGCACGAUCCGCUGGGCCACGUAUUUCUUAUGGUGCAUUCUUCGUUAUACCUUUUCUUUGAGAUAAUGCCUUACUGGAGAGGAUGGCAGCAGCUUAAAAGAGAUUGGCAGGGCUUGAAGAGCCAGACGAUAUCUGGUAAAGUUGUACAAACAUUCUACACUACCCCACAAGUUGUAGUCAUGCUGUUGAUGGCGCUCUGGUGGUUUAUGUUACUCAUGACAAAUAUGUACUUUCAUCUGAUAGCCGAAAAGCUAGCCGGGCUUUGGUUCGGCUACAUUGGUAUCGCUGCGAUCUACUACAUCCCGAGAUGGUUCUAG